AUGCAUUCCUUUUCAAUUGUAGCAACAAUAUUUGUUCUUGUUACUACCAGUGUGUUAGGAAAUUCCACUCAAUUAAGCUCAACUUUCUACGAUACUACAUGCCCGAACGUGACAAGCAUUAUUCGUGGUGUGGUGGAGCAAGCCCAACGUAAUGAUACUCGGGUUGGUGCCAAACUUAUCCGGCUCCAUUUCCACGACUGCUUUGUAAAUGGAUGUGAUGGAUCGAUUUUGCUGGACAACGCAGAUGGGAUAGAGAGUGAGAAAGAUGCAAUUCGCAAUAAAGGGGCGGAAGGAUACGACAUCGUUGCUGGUAUCAAAACUGCACUCGAGAAUUUUUUCCCUGGUGUCGUUUCCUGUGCUGACAUUUUGGCACUUGUUUCUCAAAUACUGGUUUCUGAGAAUGGAGGACCAACGUGGGAAGUUCAAUUGGGAAGGAGAGACAGUAGGACAGCAAACCGAACUGGUGCCGAUCGUGACAUUCCAACCCCUCAGGAUAACCUUAAGCUAAUUACUGAAAAAUUCCGCAACAAAGGAUUAGAUUCCACUGAUCUGGUUGCGUUAUCAGGUGCCCAUACAUUUGGCCGGGCAAAAUGUAGAUUUUUCGUCGAUCGCCUCUACAAUUUCAGUGGCACCAGCAAACCGGACCCGACCAUUGAUGUCGAGUACAUGAAAACCCUACGCCAAACAUGUAGUCAAGGUGGCAAACCAAGUACCUUGACCAACCUUGACCAAGCAACUCCUGAUGUCUUCGACAAUUACUACUACAAAAAUCUCCAAAACAACCGCGGGCUCCUCCAGACCGAUCAGGAGUUGUUCUCAACAAGUAGCAUAGACACUGUUUCCAUUGUGAACCGCUUUGCUAAUAACCAAAGCGAUUUCUUUGAUACUUUUGCACAGUCCAUGAUCAAAUUGGGGAAUAUAAGACCUUUGACAGGAAGCGCUGGAGAGAUUAGGGCUGAUUGCAAAAGAGUCAACUAG